UCUCUCACUCUCUCUCACACACAUAUUGGAGCAUCCUCAUUACUGCAUUCAAAGCCCCUUUGGACUGAACGUGACCCCUCCUUUUCUUUGCCUCACUAAGGAACCCUCUGUUUCAACCAGCUAGUUUAUUCUGUAGAACCUCAAGCCAAAAUGUCUUCAAAGCUGCCUUCAGGCAAACCCACAUCUCCUUUUAGGAAGAGAGGGAGCUUGCAGUAUACAGCCAGUGGAGAUCUCUGUGGCCGACACCUCCUCAUUGCCCAGCAUUCUUUGCCUGGCAACCCUGUAGCCAAGCACGGCUACAUCGACCUGCGCACAUCCAUGGAUGGCAAAUACAAAGAGAUUGCAGAGGAGCUCUUCUCCCGCAGUCUUGCAGAGAGCGAGAUGCGCAGCGCUCCAUAUGAGUUCCCUGAGGAGAGUCCCAUCGAGCAACUGGAGGAAAGACGCCAUAGACUUGAGCGCCAGAUCACCCAGGACAUCAAGUUUGAGCCUGAUAUUCUGCUGCGAGCCAAACAGGAUUUCAUGAAAACAGACAGUGCGACAGAUUUAGAAUAUUUGAAAGAACAAAGCGAGGUGCCCAAAGAAAACUAUUCAGAGAGAGAGCCCAUUCCUGAGAGGGAGUAUCAGAGAGUCACGAUCUCUGGAGAGGAGCAAUGUGGGGUCCCAUUCACUGAUCUACUAGAUGCUGCUAAAUGUGUAGUUAAAGCUCUGUUUAUCAGAGAGAAGUACAUCUCUCUGUCCAUGCAGAGCUUUUGCAGAACCACAGCACGUUACCUGCAGGAGUUUGGUGAUCGACCUCUGGACCCUAACACCUAUGAAGAUGUGCCCGAGACCUCUGGAUCUGCAGAUGCUACGGUCCACCCACCUGUUUCAAAAACCCACCCGUAUGAGGAUCUAGACCCUGCUAGCAUGCCACCGGACAUGGGCUACACCUGCAAGAUGGUGGAUGGUGUUGUUCAUGUGUACACGCAUAAUUCCUCAGAACUGGACCUGCCGUACCCAGACCUGCAGGAAUACAUAGCUGAUAUGAACAUGAUGAUGGCCCUCAUCAUUAAUGGGCCCGUGAAAUCGUUCUGCUAUCGCCGGCUGCAGUAUCUGAGCUCCAAGUUUCAGAUGCACAUUCUCUUAAAUGAGAUGAAAGAGCUGGCUGCGCAGAAGAAGGUCCCUCAUCGUGAUUUCUACAACAUCAGGAAGGUGGACACACACAUUCAUGCCUCCUCCUGUAUGAAUCAAAAGCACUUGCUGCGCUUUAUUAAAAGAGCCAUGAAGAAAUAUCCAGGAGAAAUCGUUCAUGUGGAACAGGGGCGGGGACAGACCCUAAAUGAAGUGUUUGAGAGCAUGAACCUAACAGCAUUUGACCUCAGCGUAGACACUCUGGAUAUGCACGCGGACCGUAACACAUUCCACCGCUUUGAUAAAUUCAAUGCCAAGUACAACCCCAUUGGAGAGUCAAUCCUCCGAGAAAUCUUUAUCAAGACAGACAACCAUGUUGAGGGGAAAUACUUUGGGCACAUUAUUAAGGAAGUGAUGGCGGACCUGGAGGAAAGCAAGUAUCAGAAUGUUGAACUGCGUCUUUCAAUCUAUGGCCGAUCCAGAGAUGAAUGGGAUAAACUGGCCAAGUGGGCUGUGAAAUACAAAGUCUAUUCAGAUAAUGUGCGAUGGCUAGUGCAGGUGCCACGACUGUUUGAUGUGUACCACACCAAAAAGCAGCUGUGUAAUUUCCAGCAGAUGCUAGAGAACAUUUUUAUGCCUCUGUUUGAGGUCACUGUUCACCCCAGCAGUCAUCCAGAGCUGCAUCUCUUCCUGCAACACGUUGUUGGAUUUGAUAGUGUGGAUGAUGAAUCUAAACCUGAACAUCACAUCUUUAACCUGGACAGCCCAAAACCUGGCAACUGGACCGAGGAGAAUAAUCCUCCAUACUCCUAUUACCUGUACUACAUGUAUGCCAAUAUGACGGUACUCAACCAUCUGCGCAGGCAAAGAAACUUGAAUAUAUUUGUGUUACGGCCACACUGUGGAGAGGCAGGACCUAUUCACCACCUGGUGUCUGGAUUUAUGCUGUCAGAGAAUAUUUCUCACGGUCUGCUUCUGAGAAAGGCUCCUGUACUGCAGUACCUGUAUUACCUGGCUCAAAUUGGCAUUGCCAUGUCCCCACUGAGCAACAACAGCCUCUUCCUCAGUUACCAUCGAAAUCCACUGCCCGAGUAUCUGUCUAGAGGUCUCAUGGUGUCCCUGUCCACUGAUGACCCACUGCAGUUCCACUUCACAAAGGAGCCUCUUAUGGAGGAGUACAGUAUUGCAGCACAGGUGUGGAAGCUGAGCUCCUGUGAUAUGUGUGAGCUGUCCCGAAACAGUGUUCUUAUGAGUGGAUUUUCUCACAAGGUGAAGAGCUACUGGCUUGGACCGCAUUAUAUGCAAGAGGGACAGGAAGGAAAUGACAUCAGACGUACCAAUGUUCCAGACAUCCGUCUGGCGUAUCGCUUUGAGACGCUGUGCGAGGAACUGAAUCUGAUCACCCAGGCUGUGCGGUCAGAGGAGCUGGAGAUCAGUGAGGAGCAGGGUCCGCUGUGCAUGGGUGCAGGACAGGCCAGAUGUUAAGAGUGUCAUGCUGAUUUAUUCAACCAGUGCAAAGUGUACAGUGAAAGGUGAUUCAGGGAAAUCUUGACCAGUUUGAUCGCACAGGGGUUCAGCAAAAAAAAAAAAAAAACAGGUUGAGAGGAAAAAUGUAUUUGACUUUUAAAGAAAAAGUGAAGAUCAGAUUCAAAGUCCCGAUUGCUGGAAGCAAAAUGGAACAAAAAUGUAAUGCAAACACUGUCUUCAAAAUAAACACAAUUACAUUUUUAAAUUGCAAACUGGAAUAUACAGUCAGCUGAGAACGAUCUGUGGUCCAACAAAAUGUGAGGACCGAGUCGGUUUUUAGGGAGCCCCAGAAAAUACAUCCUUUGUUACUGAGGUUUCACUCUUUAUUAUCUAAAGUCCAGUAUUAGUAUGGUUUACACUCUCAUAGAUACAUUUGGUGUAGAUUGACCACUAAUAGCCAUAAACAUUGGUUCUUUGGCUACUGUACUGUAUGUGAGCUUAUGCACCCAAGAGCAUGUUUGCAAUGAGCCGUUAUCAUCAUGUCAAUUU